UUCUGCACAGACGCGGGUAGCAGCAAGACUCUGUGUCAAUCAUGUCGUCGUACUACGCAAAUGUCACCAUCUAUGCCCAAGCUACAACGUCCCUUGCUGAGCUGGACAUUCUGGUCUGUACCUUCUUCACCUGUGUCUUCCAGAACCACAGCGACAACUGCUCCGUGGCCUAUUCCAUACCCCAGAUGGACCAUCUUCUGAUCUGGGAUAAAACGGGACCAUCUCCCUGGGCACCAAUGAACGAAUCCUUUGAUGUACCAAGCAAUGAAAGAUACAAACUGUUGAACCACUCAUUGCGAAUCCUUGCUUUAAAGAAUCCGGCAGAGGCUGACCAGCUUGUGUAUUCCAGUACUCAGACUGUGUUGUAUGGUUUUGUCCUGCCUGUCCUGAAACUAUUAGGGAUCCUAUCCAUUCUGUCUUUUUACUUUACCCUUUGCAGAGUUCCCUCCAUGCGGAAUAUCACUAAUUUCUAUCUGACUAAUUUGGCUGUUGCAGAUUUGAUGGUCUUGAUUUCAGAGGCCACUCAUGAGCAAUGUGUGGCUUUGACAACACAGAAUAAAUUGGAUGUAUCAUAUUUGGGGAACUCAGCCCAAGCAGUUCUUACUCUCUUAGCGUACACUGGGGAUGUGGGUGUUAUUUCAUCUAUAGCCUUUGUAACACUGCUGUCGUAUGAUAGAUAUUUUGCCAUUUGUCACCCUUUCCAACACCGUAAUCUCAAUCUGAAGCGACGGGCAAUACGUGCAGCAGUUUGCAUAUGGUUUCUGUCUUUUUCCUUGAAUUUGAUUUAUUUCGUUUCUCAGUUUCUACGAUUUAAUGUACCAUUAUUUAAAUGUCUUGUUUGGCCAACUGAAGAAAAGUAUAAACAUUUAUCAGGUAAUGUGUGGGUGUUUGGGAAUAAUGAUGAUGCAACUUUGGGCACUUUGAGUCUGGUUUUACAUUACAUGUUUUUCUGUGCAUUCAUGUUGAGUUCGAUCCUCACAGUCACUUUCAAUAUGCUCCUUAUUAAGGGACUGCAUGCACCAAAUCCAACUGGUGAUCAGAUCCGUGGUCCGUCAAAACAUCUACGAAGAGUAACUCUGAUACUUGGCAUCAACACAGCCGUGGUAUUUGUCUGUCUUCUGCCUCAAGCUAUAUGUGCCCUAAUUGUAAUUUUAUCCCAUAGCAGGAAAGAAGUGGAUGUAAAUGAGGAUGUGAAAUGGGGGUUGAAUUUCAUGGCUGCUUGCCUCAGAGUCAUGAACUCUUCCAUUAAUUCAGUCAUAUUCAAUGCUGGUAGUGGAAGGUACAGGAAGGCCUUUAAGCAAGCCUUCUGCUGCAGAAAGAGGCAGCAAGUACCAACAAACAAUAUCCCUCUGCAGACAUUACCAAGAACAGAUCCUGCUGAUCGGAUCAGAUCAUAGGAUCCAAAAGCAAAACUCCA